AUGCAGACCUUGGAACCGGCAGAAGAAAGAUCAGGUCAGGAUGACAAGGACACUCGACCCAGCAUCAAGGAUCCCGACCCUGGAGACACGAGGCCUGGCGGUGGAUCCACUCAAUCUCAUACCGUGCGUCUUUACGAGGACUUACGGCUUGUACAUCUGGUUGCGGCGCUGGAUUCCGUGCGUCAGGCGCAGCAAGCUGGAGGAAAGGACCCUGAUAAGGGAUACCUCGACCAAAUAUCGUCUCACUUGCAAAAACUGUGGACGGCCUACCAGGACUGUGCUCAGAAAGAGGAGGUCAGUCGCCAGAUGUUCAAGGAUCAAUGGGGAUACUUCAAUCGAAUUAAAACCGGGCUCAUAACCCACCUGCAAUGCUUUUUUGACCGUCUUGAUCUACACGUGGUCAUUGGGGGGAACCCGGAAGACUUUGCUCGCCUUAUUGCGAAGCGAUACCAAGGUAUGCGCGUCGAGAAGGACAGACUGCAACAAGAAAACCGUUCUUUUUCCCACGACAUACAGCGUGUCACCGCCGAGAAGGACAGACUGCAAGAAGAAAACCUUUCUCUUUCCCAGGAGAUACAGCGUGUCACCGCCGAGAAGGACAGACUCAAAGAAGAAAACCGUUCUUUUUCCCACGACAUACAGCGUGUCACCGCCGAGAGAGACAGCAUCUCACAGACAAACGUCUCUCUAGAAGCUUCCGCUCGACGGAAUGACGAUGUUAUUGCCCAGUUGAAUGCGCGGAUAUUUGAAAUCUCGAUGGCGAAUGCAGACUAUUGCCGUGAGAUCGCGGGGGUCAGAAACCAAGGCAAGCCUCGUAAUAUCGAUAAGGUCAAAGCCAACGAAAGGAGCGAUAUCCUUGCCGAGUGUAACAAAAAGAAAUCGCAGAAGAUUGAGCGCCUCACACUCCAAAUCGAAACACUAAAACAGGAUGUCGGUUGCAAAAUUGAGGUGGAUAAUGUGAAGGAUGGUCUUGCGAGGACCAAUGACCACCUAUGCCUGACCAUUGCAGACCUCAGAUUGAGUGUGGACGCUCUGCAGCGGGAUGAUCGUGUCAGAACUGAGCUUCUUAGAAAAGUAGAGGCAGAGAGAGACACCAUCAAGGGCAUUGCAAAAGACAAAGACAAAAAAGUGUCAAACAGCAAUAAAGAGAUCGCCGUGCUCAACAAGCAACUUGACAAGGAGAGAGCAUACUUGUUCACGGAGAGGGAGUACUUCGUCAAGGAACGCAAAAUUGCCAUGCGGUUAAAUCUUGACUUGGCAAAGUCGAGAGAAGACUGUGACCGAGGCAGAGCAAGUCUUGUUGAAGAACAGCAUGCGAGGGAAACUAUUUCAACUCGGUUGUGGAUCACAAACCGUGACAAAGAUGAACUGUUAAGUGAAAACGCCGAGUUGAAGGAGAAAAUCGAGACUCUACAAAAAGACCUUUCUGAUAAAGAGGACCGACUGAAAAUGGUGGAAACAGCCAGAGACGUUACAGUUGCUCGAUUAGAGGAAGGCAUCAAGAUCCCAGAGGCAGAGAAGGACGAUCGUAUACAGCAACUGCUAGAGCAAAACGCGAAGCUUUCAGAAAAGACCAAGUCUAGCCAAGAGCGAUUUGACGAGUCGCGACGGCAUCAUACUUUGUCACAAGAAAAACAAACCUGCUCGGACGCCACACAUCGGUACCUGAUAAGCGAGUUGUGCUCGCUCCGUGCAGAGGUCGACCGCCAGAGCAAAGCGAUGAAGAAGAGAGAUUCUCGAAAGACACAGGUGCAAGUGACCAUAGCACAGCAGAACCAGGGGAUCAAGAGAAGGGCAGUGAGUGAACAAAAUGAUGUGUCGCAAGCGAAGCGACAGAGGCGGAACUAG